CUUGAAUUCCUCCUCAGUCGGACUUGAGGGCAGAGUGGAGACAGACGGAGAGCGCGUCCUCCUGUCUGCUUCAGAGCUCCUCAUAGAUCUCUUCUUGUAACAGAUUGAUCCUCCCGCACACAAUCAGCUGAUUCUUCAAUGAACUCGCGGUUCGAUUCCCUCCCCUUGGAUGAAGUUGGAGUUUUCUUUUUGCAAAGCAAACACAAUGUGACCAUGCUGAGGCAGUGACUGUGUUAUCCUUGUCCGAUUUCGGAGUAUCCGUAUUGAUCAAGGGAAGACAGAGGGACUUAAGAAUGGGCAAACUUCAGUCUAAACAUGCGUGUAAGCGCAGAGAAAACCCUGAAGGGGACAGUUUUGUUGUGAACGCCUUCCUCCGGAGAGGGAUGGAGGAAUGUGAGAGGUACAGCGUGACGGAUCACAAGCUGAAGAACAUGCAGGGGUUUGCAAAUGGUGAGCUGAAGGGAGGACAACUUGCAGAUCAACACUGUCCCCUGGAGGUGGUUCUUCCUCCAGAGAAGGCUGAGGGUUGUGAGAGCUACCUGCGGUACCUGCACUCAGAGGACGGAGAGCGGGUGAUCCUCAGGGACAGGACCAAAGCUCCAGGGAAGAAGCGCAUCAGUCUGGAUGACUUGGAGUGUGACGUUUCCGUGGAGGAUGACAACCGUCAGGAGUGGAUCUUCACCCUUUAUGACUUUGACAACAGUGGCAAAGUUACAAAAGAGGACAUGUCCAGUCUGAUGCACACCAUCUACGAUGUGGUGGAUGCCUCUGUGAAUCACUCCUGUAAUAAUAAGAGCAAGACUCUGCGGGUCAAAUUGACCGUUACUCCAGAGCCCAGGUGUCACAGGAGAGAAACAGGAACAGAGCGUUGUCACCAGGACGAGGGGCGUUCAGGUGACAAGCGGCUGUCCUCCUACACCAGCAAAGGUCAGAGCAAUGAAGCCCCGGCUACUGAGGGUCAACAUUACUGUGUGGAUGAAAACACAGAGAGAAGGAAUCACUACCUGGACCUGGCCGGUAUAGAGAACUACACCUCUAGAUUUGAAGGAACAACCCCUGAAUACCCGCCCCAGGAGUCUCAAGGCCGGAGCUCCCAGAGUCAGAGCCGCUCACGCUCACAGGAACCAGAACCUCAAGUUAUUCAUCAGCGCCGCUCACAGAUCAUCAGUGACAGCUACAACCCCACAGAGUCUCGGAGCAAGGGUACGCAGUUCCUCAAAUCCCCAAAAGGAAACUACAAGGGGGGCGGGGGGAAUAAUGGAGGCAGUGGUGGUGGCAAAUCCACCAAAUGUCAUGGCUACCACCCGCCUCUGCAGACCAUGCUACACAGUGGCAGCGCGGCAGGACACGGGGGUCAGGAUGUGUACCACUUGCCGCAUCAAUCCCAAAACUCUGGCCACCACCAGCACCCUUUGCAAUACAGUCACAGCAAGCGCCUUAGAGCCAAAACCCGGGAGGCCCCGUCCCCAUCCAAAACCCAGCUGUCCCCUCAGUCCCAUCUACAGCAGCACCCACCUGUGCCCUCUGCACUGCCCAGUCUGGAGAGAGAGCAAGUGUCUGGGCAACCUAACAGCCCGGGGUUUGUGGUUCCUGUGGUCCAGCGUCACGAGCACCACCACCACCACGAACACCACCAUCACCACCACUACCACCAUUACCAUCAGACAUGACCGCUCUCAGUGUGCAGUCACUGAAACUAUACAGGACCAACCACAACCAACAAGAAAGACUCAACAUCAUCCCACCAGAGUUUCUCACACUCUGUCCAGGAAGUUGUUAUUCUCCUCUUUUAAGCUAUACAGAUAUAUCCUGAGAUGAGACGUACUGCGGAUGAUAUUGGACAGGGAGGAUGUUUUUCUGAAGUGUGGCACAGUUUAUACGUUUUUGUAGAUUUUCUGCCGGGACUGCUAAAUUGUAACCAAUGUCAAUCUGGACGACAUAUUCCAAAAAGAAGUAGCGCAGAGAACUUUUGACAUUACAACAAUACUUCCCCUCCUGGUGCUGUUGAAUAAAGUCUCUUGAAGCUAUUGCCUCAAAGUAGGUGUGUUGUUCUGGGUGAGAGCUUUCCAAAAACAUGGAUCUCAGGUGUAAUGGUGCUGCUGCUCUCAAGCUUUUCACAGAGGCUUCUCACUUUAAGAGGCCUGAAGUGGACUGAGGGGUUUCCUGUUAAGGGUUGGGGGGUGGGAGGGAGUAUGAAAUCACCACUGCCAGUUUUAAUGCAAAAAUAUCUAGCUAUAUGUAUAAAAAAAUUCUAUAUAUGUAAACACAUUUUACUGUAUAAUUAUUAUGCUGUAUAUGCAUAUGUCAUCAUGGAUAUAAUUAUGCAUAUAUGUAUUUUGUCUUUUAUAUAUUUUAAUAAACGUUAUAUAGUUCAAUU